UUACUUUCAUCAAAUUUAUAUAAAAAUGAUGAAUUUUAGUUUUGGAAAAUCUUCAAACUUACAUCUUCAUCGUUAUACUUUCCAUUUUCAGGUAAAGAGGAACAAACAACUCUUACUGUGAUAUUAGUAAUUGUUUUUGUGACAAUUGCUGCCAUCGUAAUUGCUUCAUUGUGUAUCUUUAUGAGGACCAUGAAGAAGAAAACACAAAUUUCGUCACCUCAUGAAAGUACUCAGACUGAAACUAUGGACAUUGGCGUUGCUGAACCAUUACAAUACAACUUUAGUGCAAUCAAAGCAGCAACUAAUGACUUUUCCGAAGACAAUAAGCUCGGACGAGGUGGAUUCGGUGCAGUUUACAAGGGUACCCUUAUAGACGGGAAUGAAAUAGCAGUUAAGAGACUAGCAAGGAAUUCACAACAAGGUGAUGUUGAAUUCAAGAAGGAGGUUUUCCUAGUUUUGAAGCUUCAACAUCGUAAUUUGAUUAGGCUCCUUGGUUACAGCAUAGAAGGAAAGGAAAGACUUCUUAUUUAUGAGUUCUUGCCAAAUGGAAGCCUUAAUCAGUUUAUAUUUGAUCCAACAAAACGUAAACUUCUUGAUUGGGAAAUUCGAUACAAUAUCAUCAAAGGAAUUGCAAAGGGAUUACUAUACCUUCAUGAAGAUUCUCGUCUAAGAAUGAUUCAUCGUGACAUGAAGGCUAGUAAUGUUCUGUUAGAUGCAGAAAUGAACCCUAAAAUUGCUGACUUUGGUCUGGCAAGAUUGUUUAAACACGAGGAAACUCAUGGAGAUACGGGUCGUAUUGUUGGAACAUAUGGUUACAUGGCACCCGAAUACGUCUUGCAUGGUCAUUUCUCAGUGAAAUCAGACGUCUUUAGCUUUGGAGUGUUGGUACUAGAGAUCAUAACGGGUCAAGAGAAAAAUUGUUUUCAGAAUUGUAAGGACCUUCAAAAAUGUCUUUAAUAUACCC